AUGAUGAUGAGAAGGAUGUCUAUGUACAACGACAAUGAUCUUCCUCUGUAUGCACUACCAACCACUACUAACUGUGGAAACGAGCAAAAUGUCAAAUCAUCUCCAUCAAGCAUGGCAGUCUUCAAAUAUCUGGUGCCAGUACUUGUUGCCCUUGUUGCCAUGAAGUAUCAAGCGAAAAAUGAGGAUCCAUUUGAAGCACGCCCAAUAAACAUGUGGUGCUUCUGUAUAGCCAUAUGCAUCUACUGUCUUGCAAAGGGAAGAAGAAAUAAAAUUCAAAGUAGUGUUGCAAACUACUCACCAAUCAUAGACCAUGUUAUUCUCCUCUUUGGAGCUCUUGCUUCGGUCUCACUAAUAUUGGUCCUCCUCCCACGCAUCCCCGAGUUACUGGGUUUUGCUGUAAUACCAGUUGUGCUAAUAAUAAUAGCAUGGAAUAAACACAAGCGUGGAUGUUGUUGGCUCUGUGAUGGAAUAGCCAAUCUGGUUACCUUCAUUCCCAAUAUUCGGAAUUGGUCCACCCAAAGCAACGAGAUAGCGCAGCCAAAUCCAUCUCCACAAGUGUAA